AUGAGGCUGUUUGUCUUGCUAGCUGUGCUUUACAGUGGAGUAAGCAGCAGUAUUGUGCUGCAGAAAAUGUAUGGGAGGAUCACGUCCCCCAACUUCCCAAAUGUCUACCCAAAUCACAAGGAGAGGAUCUGGAAUAUUACUGUCCCCAAGGGAUAUUCUGUCUGCAUCUACUUCACACAUUUCAACCUGGAGCUGUCCUACCUGUGUGAAUACGAUUAUGUGAAGCUGAGCUCUGGUGGGAAGACCUUGGCUACGCUGUGUGGAAAGGAUAGUACAGACACUGAGGAAGCUCCAGGCAACAAGACAUACGUCUCCGUUGACAACAACCUCAUGGUAGUGUUUCGGUCUGACUACUCCAAUGAGAAAGCAUUCACAGGCUUUGAGGCCUUUUAUGCUGCUGAAGAUAUUGAUGAGUGCAAACAGCUGUUUGAUGGUGAACCCCUCUGCAAUCAUCACUGUCACAACUACGUGGGGGGCUACUAUUGCAGCUGUCGGGUUGGCUACACACUGCAUGAAAACAAGAGGACGUGCACAGCCCACUGUCAGAGUCAGGUUUUUACUGAAAGAAUGGGAGAAAUCACCAGCCCUGAUGAUCCAACACCUUAUCCCCCACUCAGCUCCUGCAGCUACAGUAUCCAGGUAGAAGAUGGCUUCCUGAUGACACUGGAAUUCAUGGACUUCGAUGUGGACACACACGCAGGAGUGUUGUGCCCCUGCGAUGUCCUUAAGGUCAAAACACCCAAAAAGCAACUUGGCCCAUUCUGUGGAAAAACUUUGCCUGCAAAAAUUGAGGCAUGGGCUAAUGUGGUGAAUAUUACUUUCAUAACUGAUGUCUCAGGAGCACACACUGGGUGGAACAUGAAGUACGCAGCAGCAAGUUUGCUGUGUCCCAGUCCUGAAGCACCACCCCAUGGUCACAUCGCACCAGUGCAGGCGCAGUACACUGGUGACCCCUGUGCUCUUGCUUGCGACAUCGGAUACGUGCUACUUGAAAAUUAAAACAUUGUGAAGUCUCUUGUAGUGGAAUGUCAAAAGGAUGCUUCUUGGAACAGCCCAGUGGCAAAGCGCAUCAUUAUUGACUGUGGUCAACUUGCGGACAUAGGCAGUGGUGCUUUUACAUAUGUUAGGCCUGAGAAGACCACCUAUAGUGCCGGAAUUCAGUACCACUUCUGCACCAUGAAGGCUGAUAAUAACAGUAGGUGAAUACACAGCAGUGAUGGUGGAUACUGGAAAAGCUCCAAAGGAGAAAUAACCCCUCCCGUCUGUGAGCCAGGUACUGCACGAAUUGGAACUGUGGAGCAUGCACAUGGCGGGAGGAGAGCCCAGCCUGGAGCCUUUCCCCGGCACGCAAGGUUCAUCACAGCGCCAACAGGAUUAGGAGGUGGCUCGCUUUUGUGGGGCAACUGGGCUCUGACAGCUGCUGGUGGUGCAGCUGAUCAAAGAAACCCCUCGGCUUUGUGCAUUAAAUUGGGGAUUUUGAACAAACCCUCAUUUUGCUAUGAAUAAGCCCAGGCAGAAAAUUUUUUUAUUCAUUAAGGUUAUAGAAAUGAUCUUGUCAGCUUUGACAAUAAUACUGCCUUGGUUAGGCUGGAGCAAACGCCUGUUAGUACCAGUCUCACACCCAUUUGUGCACCAGGAAGAGGGAGAUUUCAAAUGAGAGCAAGAUGGGGUAGAACCAAGACGAGGAGCGCUUCUGUCCUGCUGCUGCACACCGAGGCGUAGUUAGCAGCCAGAAAGAACGUACAGGUGCGUGCCAGUAAAGCUUCCCACAGAAAAAUCCUUCUGGUCGCAGAAAACCUGCUGUGUGCUGGAGCCGAGGCGGGGGCAGUGGAAGCCCACAGCCGCUCUUGGGUGCGCAGGCCAGCAACUGGUAUCGCAUCCUGGGCUUUAGGCCGUGAUCUUGCAGGGAGUCACCAUCCCUUGGCUUGAAAGUGUUACUUAAAGUAAU